GUGCAGUAGCCUACUCAGAUCCUGCUCGAGAACAUACGUCUGGCAACGGUUUCAGUAAAGUAGGCUAUUAGUAGGCUAUUAGACAUAUCAAUUAAAGAGAUAUUUUACACUACUGCUGUUUAUUUCUGUGAGGUUAUGGGUAAGGCACCACUGUGAGGGAGUGUCGAGCAGUAACGUUAGGACUUGUCGUUUUAUUAUCCACGGAAAUAAUGAUGAAGAAGGAUAUUAUUAACUCGAGCCUGGCGGACGAGGCAGACCUCAAAUCUCAUCUCCGCGACGCCGAGAGCAUCCUCAGCUCUCCGGACCUGGGGCUGCUCAAACUGGCAUCCCCGGAGCUGGAGAGGCUUAUCAUCCAGUCCAACGGUAUGGUUACUACGACACCGACAAGCCCCCAGUUCCUCUACCCGAAGACGAUAACGGACGAGCAGGAGUUCGCUGAGGGCUUUGUGAAGGCGUUGGAGGACUUGCACAAGCAGAACCAGCUGAACGGAGCCGGGCAGACGAACAGCAGCCUGGAUCUGGGCACUAACAUCGCCCCGGUCGCCAUCCAGCCGGAUCUGCCGGUGUAUACGAACUUGAACAGUUACGGUAUCGGGCCAAUGGAAACCACUGUCAACUACUCCACGGACACAGUCCCUUUCCCGCCUCCUCCUUCGCAUCUUUUGGGGACAGCCCCGCCGGAGCUGUCUCGGGUCCAGCCGCCGAAGGAGGAGCCUCAGACGGUCCCCGACGUUCAGAGCUUCAGGGAGAGCCCGCCGCUGUCUCCCAUCGACAACGACUCACAGGAGCACAUGAAAGCCGAGAGGAAGAGGCUCAGGAACCGGAUUGCAGCCUCCAAGUGUCGGAUGCGCAAACUGGAGCGGAUCUCGAGGCUGGAGGACAAGGUCAAAUCGCUGAAAAGCCACAACACCGAUCUGGCCUCAACGGCUAGCCUGCUAAGGGAUCAAGUGGCCCAGCUGAAACAGAGAGUCCUCAACCAUGUCAACAGCGGCUGCCAGCUUCUGCCACACGAAGUGCAGGUGCACUAGUCGGAAGGACAGACCUGCAUUUGGGCUACUGACCAGCAUAUAAGCUUCAUGGACUUUCUUAAUGUUGGUUUUUCUGUAUGUAGCGUAGCCCAGAUGUGUGCUGUUCCCAGUGGAAAUAAUGCAGGCCAUAGGCCUAUAGGCCAAAUGUAGGCCUAUUAAUAAUUGGUUGAUUGAUUUGAGCAUCGGCAAGAUGUAAACAAUAGGGUAGAACACAAUUCGAGAUAAAGUGUGAUAAUGAGACUCUUCAGUUGUAAUCGGUCAACAAAUUAGACAUUUUAAUUCGUAAAGUAAUUUCCAGGAUCCACAUUCGCCUCCACCCAAUGGAGAGCACAAAUAUAGUCCUAUUAAUCAAGGGAUUUUAAAUGUUUUUUUUUUUUUUUUUUGAUUUAUGCCGAAAUGAAGAGCGUUUGCCUUUUAAUAUGGUCGAUGUUUGAAAUCCUGUUCUACCUCGUAUAUUUUACUGAUGAACAAGGCUGUUUCUUUUAAUGGACUUUGGCUUUGGGCUUUCCUGAUGAGAGAAAGAGGCACUUAUUGGUUCUAUGUGCUCAACUUUAAUGACAGAAAGCAAAAAAUUGGUUUUUUUCCCUGUAAAAAUGUUUAUAGACUUGCAGUGUCUAUAUAAAGUUUCAAACAUGGACCAAACAGAUUUACAAUAUUUCUACAAACGUAGCCUAAUAUUAAUAUAAUAUUUAUGACACAGAUACCAUUAAUAUAUUAGGAAGUGGCUGUAAGAAAAAAUGCACAUACACCCACAUUUAAUAUGUAAAAGAUGACCUAGCCUAGACUAUUUACCAUUUAUUUAUGUAAGAAACAAUUUGCAUGAUGUUUACAUACUCGAAUGUUGCCCACAGCUGGUUGUCAAAGGGUGCAAUUCAUCAGUGUUUAUAAUCUUUACUCUUUACAAACACAUGUUUUAUCUAUUUUUUACUCUACUGUGUCCCUAUUUCAUUGUGUUCUUAUUUUAAUGUGAAGAGGCGUAACCUUUUUGUUGCACUGACUGUUGCUGCCAACUCAAGCCUACAGUUGUUUGGCUGUAUGCUGCUUUGUUCUGAAUUAAAUGCUGCUCGGCAAUAAACGCUGUUUCCUCCA